AUGAUGGAACCCAAAUAUAUUUCAUUUAAUAAUUAUUUUAAAUAUAUUGAUUUACUUGGUACCCAGAAGAAAUUAAGAAGAAAGGAUGAGCUUAUUAGACCAUUAACAUUAAUUUGUGAUAAUAUUUUAAAUAUGGAUUUGUAUUUGGAUUGUCAUCCUAAUAAUGAAUUAUUAAAAUUAAAGAAACUUAUUAGUGUUCCAAAACGUCAAAAAGAAACAUUAAAAAGUCUUCGUUUAAAAUCAGUAAAUUGUUAUAGUUUCAUGAGGAAAUCAUCACGAGUUGGACAAAAUAUUUCACUUCAAGAACUUUAUAUUAAUUGUUGUGAUGGUUUGCAUAAAUCGGAUUGGUUAACCUUGGCUUCAUCAUUUACUCAUUUAAAUAGGUUUUAUUUUAUAUAUAAAGAUAAUAGAUAUUCCCGAAAUUUUAUUACAAAAAUUCUCGUAAAAACCAAUGCAAAUUUAAGAAAUAUCGAUAUAAGUUUAUAUCCCAUAACUCCAUUUGAUAUAUUUUCAACAAUUUUAAAUUAUUGUACAAAGAUUACCGAGUUAACUUUACAUAAUUCAAGUCCCGCGCAAGUAAUAGCAAUAUUUAAUAAUAAUUUUAAUGAAUUAAGAAGAUUUUCAUUUGAUUGUGUAGAAAUAAGUUCUGAUAGUUUAAGAGAAUUUUUUAAAGGGUGGAUCCGUUGUUGUAAAGGAGGAGGAGGAAAUAAAAAAUUAAGAGGAUUACGCAUCUUAAAUAAACAAAUACCACUAUUGGAACUAAUGGGUGAUUACCAUUUUAAAGUAAUUGAAAAAUAUGGAAUUCAAUUAGAUUAUUAUUUUGAUUUAUUUCCAUCAUUAUUAAUUAAUCGAAUCUGGUGUAAAGCAAUUAUAUCUUUACUUUGGGAAUUAAUUAUUGAUCAAGAAUAUUGUCCAGACCAUGAGUUGAGGAAGAAAGCAUUAUGUAUUCGAACAUAUAUUUAUAUCAUAUUCUCAAUCGAAAUUAUUAUUACUCAAAAACGGUUAGAAAAUCUAUUAAUUAUUGGUGGAACUUAUCUUGAUCGUGAUUUAUUACUCCGGGCUAACAUUAGUCAAAAAGUACACUAA